AUGGAUUCAAUUACUUCAAAAUUACAAAAUAAUUUACAACAGUUUAAAGAUUCUACAUCAUCUUCAAGUAAUUGUGUUAUCUCAAUUUUAGAAUCUUUACUACCCGUUAAACCACAAAAUAUAGAGGAAGUUUUAUUUAUUAUUAUGUUUGCAAUUUUUUUUUAUAUAUGGAUUUCUGUAUUUUGCAACGGAAAUAACAUAGAAUAUAGUAGAAGAUUAGCAUAUUCUAAUGUACAGGUUAUAACUGAAAAUAAAACCAAAGAAGCUUUUCUAAGGAGUAAAAGAAAAAGGAGGAAUAAAAUAAUGGAGGGGGUAAGAGAAAGAGAAGAAAGAAGAAGGGAAAUCAGAAGAUUUAUAGAAAAAUUAAAAGAACAACAAGAAGAAAAUAUUAGAAUAAGGGAGAGAAUAAAAAGAAGAGAAGGGCAAAUAGCUAAAAGGAAAAAAAAAUUGGAAAAAAUGAAAAGUAGUACAGGAGAAACGGAAAAUGAAUAUAAAGAAAUAGAAGAAAACGAAUAA